AUGACUUUCGAGUCUUCGUUACCGUUAGCGGCAUCUUCCCAUUCGCAAGGCCAUACAAUGUCAAAAUCAAAAUCAAAAUCAUCCGCGGCAGGGGCAACGGCUACCGUCACUUCACGACUGUGUCACAAAUUCCAUGUUUUCACCAGAAGGUUGUUUAACGCCAAAUUUGUCAAAGUCUUGCUUGCAGUUGUUGUAGUCAUCAACAUCUUUUAUAUAACGUCAUUCAUUCUCGAGGAUCGCAAAUUAGCAGCAAAUGGUGGUUCAAUCUCGGGGUUGCAACUUCAAAAUAAUAAGCAACAAAGCUUCCAGAGACCCUCGACUAGGCUUGUUCCAGCGCCAAACCAUAUACAGAAUCUCCACAAUGGUGGUGGUGCUGGCGGCGGCUCUUCUCUCAAACAAGUGCCUCGCGUUUUCGAAGUGCCCAACGACGAGAUUUCGUUUUUCAACACCGUCAAGUCAAAGGGGCUGAAGUCGUAUAGUGUGCCGGAUGGCGUCCCCUACCACGAACUCAGUGCAGACGAAAAGAUUGCCUUUAAGCUUCGUGAAGUCAGCGAGGAUAAAGAGAAAUAUUGGUUGGGACAUACCGAGCUUACCGAUUACGAGAUUCGCGCUAAUGUCAAGGAUUUCUUGUACGAAAACUGGAUUGGCAAACCAGUUUUGUUCUACGAUCCCAGAUUCACUUUGUCAAUAUACUUGUCUGAGAUUAGGAACCAGUUUUUGGAGAAAAACCCCGAGAAUUUCAAACUUGGCCAGGGGGAUGUCAACGAGAUCAUUUUACCCUUUGCCUGGUCGGAUUGGGUCAACAUCACCAUGUUGAACCAAGAGCUAGUAAAGCCUGAAAAGGAACGCAAAAAUUGCGACUACAUGAAAGCAACCCACCAUAUGGCGGCUCAAGAUCCAGCUUAUUGCAUCAACAACGCUGACAUUGUUAAUAGUGACUUGAAAGAUAUGAAAUUACCCUCAGUCAAUUAUGUACCUGGGUUUGCCGUUAAAAAGUCUCCCACCAACAAGGCAUCAAAUGAAGUGAGAAUGUUGGAAGGCAAAUCCCACCUUCUCACUUAUGCUGCAAACCCAUUGAGUAUGAUCUUGAUGAGCGAAGAUGGCGUUUACGAAGUUAAAAUCGACGGCAAACAAAGAAUUGUAGAUGGCGACCUUUUUGAUAAUUACUUAAAGGACAAUAACAUUGCUCGGGAUGAAAAGGGGACGAUCGUGCUUAAUCCGGUAAAGGAAUUCAAUCUACUUGUUGAGCAAAUCCCACCUCGUCCUUUAGACCCAGAAGAAGACAAGUAUGGCAUGGUUGCCAAGAUUAAAGAAACAGACGCAUUGGCAUCAAGGGAAAUCCAUUUACCUGAACUGGCAUUCAACUAUCAACAGGACAAAAUCGACGCCCAGAUUGAACACUAUGAAGAACGAUUAAAGCAGUUGAAAGAUUUAACGACAAACGAGUUGAAUUUUGACUUGGAAUCAAUCGAUGAACUUCGGUUGAGCAGAAGCGAGAGAUUAUAUUACGAAGGGUUGAAAUAUGCAAACAGUUUCCCCUUAAAGAAAGAACCAACCUAUUUCCGGAUGGCAAGAUUAAACUUUGGCAAUGCCGAGAAUGAUCACGAUGCCGGCUGGCAUUAUGAGUGGAGAUUUUUCAACGGAGCAUUGAGAUAUUUGAAAAAAGGGUGGACAAAGGAAGAGCUCCUCAUUAGGGAAAAAGUCUUGCUCGAUAGGAUCUUGCGUAACUGGUUCAAGUUUGCUAAUCUCAAGGGUAUAAUCUCCUGGAUUGCUCAUGGACCUUUGUUGUCUUGGUAUUGGGAUGGAUUGUUGUUCCCAUUUGACGAAGAUAUCGAUGUUCAAAUGCCAGCUGAGCAGUUGAUUAAUUUUUGCAAAAGUUAUAACCAGACGUUGGUGAUUGAGGAUAUCAACGAAGGGUUUGGCAAGUAUUUCAUCGAAUGCUCCGCAUUUGUCCAUCAUAGAGGCAGAUCGUACAAAAACAACCACAUUGACGCGAGAUUCAUUGACAUUGAUACGGGAUCCUAUAUCGACAUCACCGGUUUAGGGGCCAGCAACGAAGAAGUCCCCGAGAGGUACAAUGAGUUGAUCCAACAAAAUGAUCGAGAAGGCAAGACGAGACAAGUUUACAAUUGUCGAUUCCCUCAUUUCUAUUCCUACAAUGAGAUUUCACCCUUGCGGUAUACAAUGUUGGGAGGCGUGCCGGUAUUUGUGCCUAGUCAAAUUGAAACCAUUCUCAAACAGGAGUAUGCCGUGGGAAUGACAAGUUAUCAUUAUGAAGGGUUUUUCUUUAUCGAUGCCUUAAAUUUAUGGAUCCACUAUUCAAAGUUGGCCUUCUUGUUUGCCCCCGAGUAUGACGACACGGGCGAUCUUGACGUUGAGAAAUUUACGGUGUUGGUGCAAAACAUAACCAAAGAGCAAAUUGUGCAGUUGCUCGAAAACGAUGAGGACAUUUUACUCGAGUACUACUUGACUAAAGAUGCAACAGACACACAUAAACAGGAAUUGGCAUUUAUGUUUCAGUUAAACAAUGGCACCGAUACUUGUUUGAAGGAGGUUAACGGGGCAAUGAAGACCAGUGACGAGAUUAGCAAUAAUCGAAACUAUCAUGAAUUGACUUCACAGUUUAAGUUUCAAAAGCCAUUUAGAAGAGCCUUGUUCAACUAUGAGGCAAUAGAUCAACCCAAGCACCAUCAAGAUAAACCAUCUACUUAG